GCCCCGGCCACUUGUAUGACAGUCGGAGGAAAACACGUCAAAGAUUAAUAACAAUGGCAGAAAUCGACGCCCAAAAAUGCUUCGAUGUGGCUCUAGAUCUCGUCAAACAGGCGGGAAAGGUUGUACGAGAGGCAAUCAAAAAGAAGAAGAAUAUUGAGACUAAGAGCUCAGCAGUAGAUUUGGUGACUGAAUCAGACAAGGCAGUUGAGAAGAUGCUUAUCUCUGGAUUGUCUGAGGCCUUCCCUGACCACAAGUUUAUUGGCGAAGAGUCAGUAUCCGCUGGAGAGAAGUGCAUCCUGACUGAUGAGCCAACAUGGAUCAUUGACCCUAUAGAUGGGACCAUGAACUUUGUGCAUAGCUUCCCCUACACUUGCAUCUCUGUUGGACUUUGGGUAAAGAAGGAGGCCCUUGUAGGUGUUGUGUACAACCCGGUGCUUGAGCAGAUGUUUACUGCCAUUAAAGGGCAAGGAUCAUUCCUGAAUGGCGAGAAGCUUUCUGUGUCUGGGGAGAAAGAGCUUGGCCAGGCUCUUGUCUUCUCCGAGAUAGGUACAAGCCUUGACCCUGAGAAAGUCAACACUGUGCUGACCAACAUAACAAAUCUUAUGCCAAAAGUCCAUGGGUGUCGCACAAUGGGUUCAGCAGCCUUGCACUUGGCCUAUGUAGCUCUGGGUGCAGCUGAUGUGUACUACACCUUUGGCGUGCACUGCUGGGACACAGCUGCAGGCUUCCUCUUGGUCAAGGAGGCUGGAGGAAUAGUGAUUGAUACCGAAGUCUCCGUGGGGUAGGUUCAGCGGCUCUUGGGAUCUCGAGCGUAGCUGCAGGCUGGGGCGAUGUCUUCUAUCACUUUGGGCUCUGCGCCUGGGACAUGGCAGCUGGUACCCUGAUACUGACAGAAGCUGGGGGUUAUGUGUGCGACACG